UUGCAUGUCUUGGAAGGUGCUGGAUUUCAUUCCCCCAUGAGACCUGAGAACAGUUGCUCUGAAGUUUGUUAAUAUUUGUAGCUGGAAGAGUCUAUUUUUAAAAUUACAGAGAGAUUCCAGAUUGGAAAGGGGAGCCGUGGUUAAUGAAAAUUGUGAACAGAAAGGGAAAGACAGAAGGACUGAGAAGUCCAGUUAUGUCUUGGUGGACAGCACAAAUGCAGCAGUCUUCAGGGCCUGUUUGCCGAAUGUGCCUCCAAGAACCAGGAGAUCCUGAAAAAUUAGGAGAGUUUCUGCAAAGAGAUAAUCUCCGUAUCCAUUACUUCUGUCUUUCUCUCUGUUCUGCUGCCCCUCAGAUCCUGUCCAGUGGGCUGCCCCAGCGUGGCCGGGCCAGUGAUGGCUUCCAUGGAUUUUUACCGGAAGACAUCAAAAAGGAGACAAGCCGUGCUGCUAGGAAGACCUGCUUUGUAUGCAAGAAAAAGGGAGCUGCCAUCUUCUGCCAGAAGGAGAGGUGCCGAAGAAACUUCCAUUUACCCUGUGGCCGAGAGAGAGGCUGCAUCUCACAGUUUUUCGGAGAGUACAAAUCCUUUUGUGAAAAACAUCGUCCAACACAGGACAUUCAACCAGAGAAACGGGCAGAGGAUGACUGCAUCUUAUGUUGUGAAAGCUUAUCUGGAGGAAAUGAUGAUAAUAUUCAGAGUCCAUGCUGUAGUCGUAUGAUAUACCACCGGAAGUGUAUACAGAAAUAUGCCCAUUCAUCAGCAAAGCAUUUCUUCAAAUGUCCUCAGUGUAAUAAUCGAGAGGAAUUUCCUAAAGAAAUGUUAAGAAUGGGAAUACAUAUCCCAGACAGAGAUGCUGCCUGGGAACUUGAGCCAGGAGCUUUCUCAGAAUUAUACCAGCGCCAUCAACAUUGUGAUGCUCCAAUUUGCCUUUAUAAAGAUGGCAGAGACAACUUUGAGAGUGAGGGGAGGUGGAGCCUCAUUUUGUGUACCACUUGUGGAUCCCAAGGAACCCACAGAAGUUGUUCUUCUCUUAGGCGCAACUCUAAGAAGUGGGAAUGUGCAGAGUGUAUAUCAACAGGUGAAAUCCCUGGUUGCAGUAAAACCUUAAGUCCUAGAAGGCAUUUUUACAGAGAGACUGGGCAAAAUAGUUCCCAGGAAGAAAAUCCAGGACCCUCCUUUUUGCAAGAAAGUUCAGAACUGUCCUCUCCAGAAAAAACAGACUCUUCCUGUUGGGAAAGGAGAAGAUCCACAUGGCGAGCAAAGCGUGUCAAAAUCUCCAAAUGCCGCAAAAAAAAGGAGUAAGAUAUCAUCAGUACGUACCAAGGACCACCAGGUAGAUCUGGUUUUUUCUUUAGUGUUUGCUGAGAAAUGGGACUCCUGGGCUCUGGGAAGAGGAUAGAAAGGUAGCAAUGAGAAGAAUUGACCAGGAGAUGGGACCCCUGCAUUCUGAGAGGAGGGAGGAUUCUAGGUUCAAAAAUGGGAGCAACCAUAUUCAUUAUGUAGGCUUUUUUCAUAGUAGUUCUGACCCUCAGAGUACUUCUGAUUUUUUUUUCUCCCUCACUUUCAGGGAUUUUUUUCUCUUCUUCUACUGUGAUCUCUCCUGAGUCAUUCUAAUCUCCCCUAGAUCUCCCUCAAUAUUUUCCUACCUCAAACUCUAUAUGUUAAUAUGUAAAUAAACUUGAUUUUUU